AUGAUGCGGCCGGUUGAAGAAGAAAGAGAUUGCUGGUGUUCUUGUGAUGAUACUUCAAUGGAAGAAGAUGUCGUGAAGCUAAUGAAAGUAGCGUGGAUGAGUGUCCCACUUGGCAUAUUUGUUACCAUUGUAGCUUGCCUUUUUGUCUUCUGGUGGCAACAAAUAAGUUAUUUUAGUCCUUAUGGGCAAGCUGUCUUGGUCAAUGGUUGUGCGUGCAUUUUGGAGCUGUUGGCCGAGCCUUUGUAUAUUCUUUCCCAGAACUUGGUCUUGCUUGAAUUACGGUUGAUGGUUGAGACAGUAGCUACAUUUUCACGGUGCAUGACAAUGUACUUUUUAAUUGUCAAGCUAACUGGAAUGGAAAAAUCAAUCAUAUUUGCGUUGUCACAGUCUGCUUAUGGAGCCUGCUUAUUUCUUGGUUAUUGGGGAUAUCUGCUUCUUUUUCGGAAACUUAGCUAUUCUUACCUUUUCCCAUUCAGAAAAGGAAACUUUUUUGGAUUUGACCAGCAGCUUUCGAAGAUGUGCACGCUGUUUACCUUUCAAUCGUUUCGAAAGCUAAUUCUUCAGGAAGGGGAGAAGAUAGUGCUUGUAUGGUUUGAUACACCAUAUAAUCAAGCUGUAUACGGCCUCGUGGAUAAAUUAGGUAGCUUAGUGGUGAGACUUGUCUUUUUACCAUUUGAAGAAAGUUCAUAUACAACAUUUGCAAGGUCUGCUUCAGGAGAAUACCCAGGAAAACACAAGAAAUUAGCAAAUUGCUUGACUGAAUCCCUCAAGUUGGUUUUGUUGAUUGCUAUUUGUUAG